AUGAGUAGUUCAGAUAGAAUCGAACUUUCGAUUGAUCCAGGUACUUGGGAUCCUAUGGAUGAAGACAUGGUCUCUCUGGAUCCCAUUGAAUUUCAUUCGGAGGAGGAGCCUUAUAAGGAUCGUAUUGAUUCUUAUCAAAGAAAGACAGGAUUAACUGAGGCUGUUCAAACAGGCAUAGGUCAACUAAACGGUAUUCCCGUAGCACUUGGGGUUAUGGAUUUUCAGUUUAUGGGGGGUAGUAUGGGAUCCGUAGUCGGGGAGAAAAUCACACGUUUGGUUGAGUACGCUACUAAGAAAUUUCUACCUCUUAUUAUAGUGUGUGCUUCCGGGGGGGCACGCAUGCAAGAAGGAAGUUUGAGCUUGAUGCAAAUGGCUAAAAUCUCUUCUGCUUUAUAUGAUUAUCAAUCAAAUAAAAAGUUAUUCUAUGUAUCAAUCCUUACAUCUCCUACUACUGGUGGGGUGACAGCGAGUUUUGGUAUGUUGGGGGAUAUCAUUAUUGCUGAACCCAAUGCCUACAUUGCAUUUGCAGGUAGUGGUUAUGAUCGCUUCGAUAGAAAAGAAGGAAUAGUGUGUAUUUUUCGUUGGGGAUUUCCUGGAAAAAAUCGUCGCAUCUUCCUCCGAUUCCUUAUAAAAGAUAUUCAGUCUGUCAGAAUAGAAGUUAAAGAGGGUAUUUAUGCUCGUCGUGUCCUUUAUAUGGACAUCAGAGGCCAGGGGGCCAUCCCCUUGACUCGUACUGAUGAGAAUUUUACUCCACGAGAAAUUGAGCAAAAAGCUGCUGAAUUAGCAUAUUUCUUGCGUGUCCCAAUUGAACAAGGUUAUGAAAAUCCACGAGAAGCGACUGGGCGUAUUGUAUGUGCAAAUUGUCAUUUAGCUAAUAAGCCCGUCGAUAUUGAGGUUCCACAAGCGGUACUUCCUGAUACUGUAUUUGAAGCAGUUGUUCGAAUUCCUUAUGAUAUGCAACUGAAACAAACUCUUGCUAAUGGUAAAAAGGGGGCUUUGAAUGUAGGGGCUGUUCUUAUUUUACCGGAGGGGUUUGAAUUAGCUCCUCCCGAUCGUAUUUCUCCCGAGAUGAAAGAAAAGAUAGGCAAUCUAUUUUUUCAGAGCUAUCGCCCCAAUAAAAAAAAUAUUCUUGUGAUAGGCCCUGUUCCUGGUCAGAAAUAUAGUGAAAUUAUCUUUCCUAUUCUUUCCCCGGACCCCGCUACUAAGAAAGAUGUUCACUUCUUAAAAUAUCCUAUAUACGUAGGCGGAAACAGGGGAAGGGGGCAGAUUUAUCCUGACGGGAGCAAGAGUAACAAUACAGUUUAUAAUGCUACAGCAGCAGGUAUAGUAAGCAGAAUCAUACGAAAAGAAAAAGGAGGGUACGAAAUAACCAUAACGGAUGCAUCGGAUGGACGUCAAGUGGUUGAUAUUAUCCCUCCAGGACCAGAACUUCUUGUUUCAGAAGGCGAAUCUAUCAAAUUUGAUCAACCAUUAACAAGUAAUCCUAAUGUGGGGGGAUUUGGUCAGGGAGAUGCAGAAAUAGUACUCCAAGAUCCAUUACGUGUCCAAGGCCUUUUGUUCUUCUUGGCAUCUGUUAUUUUGGCACAAAUCUUUUUGGUUCUUAAAAAGAAACAGUUCGAGAAGGUUCAAUUGUCCGAAAUGAAUUUCUAG